AUUUCAUUGGAAAACAUGAAAUAACAAAUAGAGAAUAUGGUACAUGACAUGUUCUAUUUUUUUAUUUUUUAAUAUAUUUUUUUUAAUCACUAAGGCAUUCACUAUACACCAUGUUUCCAUUAAUUUAAUAUUUACAUACAUAAAACAAUAUUGAACAAAGUGAAAAGUACCAACACCACCACCACCACCAACAACAACAACGACGACGACGACAACGACAAGAAAAAAAGAAGAGAAAAACAAGAGAAAAGAAAACAUUUUAAAAAAGAAAAAAAAUAAUUAUUUCAUUUAAACAAUGAAUUAUUAUUAUUCUGAUCUAUGAUCAAUGUUCAUCAAAGAUUUUAUCGCUCUGUCGUUCAUUCCUUUUUUUUUUAUGAAAGAUCUAUACUUCUAUCAUUGAUUAUAUUCUUGCAUAGUAGUUAAACAUAUAUAAAGACCAAUCAUUUUAAUUCAAUGGUAAAUGAUGAAAAUAGAAAAUUUCAGUUAUGUAACAUUUGUACCAUUAUAUGGUAUAUCACAUUUAUAUAUAACAAGUAUAAUAUUAAGUAUAAUAAUAAUUUGUACAAUUAUUGGAAAUAUGUUUGUUGUCAUAGCAAUUUUAAUUGAUAGACAAUUACAACGUGUUUCUAACUAUCUAAUAUUGAGUUUAGCUGUGGCUGAUUUAAUGGUUGCAAUUUUAGUGAUGCCAAUUAGUGCCUUAAAUGAAGUUUCAAAGAAAUGGUGGCUUGGUAUUCCAUUAUGUGAUAUAUGGACAAUAAUGGAUGUAUUAUGUUGUACUGCAUCUAUUUUACAUUUAGUUGCUAUAGCAAUUGAUCGUUAUUGGGCAAUUACACGUAUAAAUUAUAUAAGAGAACAAAAAAAGAAACCAAUUUAUAUAAUGCUUAUUAUAAUAUGGUUAUUAUCAUUGAUUAUAUCAUUACCAACACGAUUUCAUCUAAAAAGAAAUGAUCAUCUUUUAUAUAAUAAUAUAUAUUAUUAUAUUAAUGAAUGUCAUAUUAAUAAUGAUUAUAUAUUUACAAUCUUUUCUACAGUUAGUGCAUUCUAUUUACCAAUGAUUUUUUUAAUUGGUAUCUAUGUGAAAAUUUAUCUUGUUGCUAAGAGACGUAUAAGAAAAAGAUCAUUACGUGCAUUAUCUACAAUAACAACAAGAGAAUUAAUUGAUUUACAUAAAAAGAAUAAUAUUGAACAUAAUGAUGAUGAUGAAUAUCAAGAUCAUAGAAGUGAUCUUAGAUAUUUCUUUAAAAGAUGUUCUAUAUAUAUGAAUAAUCUAUUGUUUAAUUGUCCAUUUAAAAUCAUCAUAGAAACAAAUUCAUUACCUAGAAGUCAUGAAUAUUUAGAUAUAAUAUCAACAAGUACAGAGAAAGAUACUUCAUCACCAUAUUUUAGUUUAGAUACUAUUGGAUGUUCUGAGAAAUAUGAUAUAAAUCAACAGAAUAGUAUUCAUAGAUCUUCAAUGGAAUAUACAGAUAAGGAAGAAUCCAAUAAAAGUUAUUCUAAUUCAACUUUAUAUACCAAAAAUACAAUGAUCAAUAAUCAAUUGAAUAAUGUAUAUUGUGAUUAUUUGGAUCCAGAUCAUAUAAUAGAUCAUAAUGAUUACUUAAAACAAAUAGUCGUAUCUAAUAGUAAUCAUUCUUAUUCAACAAUGAAAAUGAAUAAUGAUGAUUAUUGUUUUGAUAUAAACAAUAUUGACCAUCAUAUUAUUGAAAUUCAACAGAUAAAUGAUGAAGACAUUGAGAAAGAAUCAAUAAUUGAAAUGGAUUAUAAUAUGAAUAAACUUGAAAAUCAAUCUAUUCAAUCUAUACAAUCCAAUCAAAAUUCAAGAAGAAUACAAUCACAAUUACAUGAUAUUACAAGUCCUAUUCUAAUUGAUUUAGAUGAAAUCACAAAUCAUUUCACCUAUUCCCAUAAACCAUUAUGUAAUUUGAUUGAUCUAUCAAUGGAUCCAGUUCAAUUACAACAGAAUUAUGAAAAGAAUCAUUCUAAUCAUAGUAUAUAUCAUAUAAAUUUAAAGAAUGAUAGCAUAGAAACAAAAUUAUAUCCAAUAUCACCAUAUUUAUCAUCCACUAAUAGUUUAAUUAGUAUCUAUUCAUCUAGUAUACCUUAUGAACAAUCAUUAAAUCAAAUAAAACCUCCAUUUUGUUAUGAUCAUUAUGAUCAUGUUAGAAGAAUGGAUCAUAAUCAAAUUGAUCCUAUUCAUAGACAAACUUCUACUCCUAUUCAUACUACUACAACUAGUACUACAACUGCUACUACUAAUGCUACUACUACGACUAGUACUACGAGUACUACUACUACUACUACUACUACUACUACUACUACUACUACUAAUACUACUCAUAGUAGUAAUAAUCCACCAAUAGAAUCUUAUCGUAUCUAUCAUCCUAUAAAAUUAUCAUCAUCUAAAUUGAUUAAUAUUCAUGAUAUUGAUUUAUGUCGUGAACGUAUAGAAUGUCAUCGUGAAAGUAAAGCAGCUAGAACAUUAUCUAUUAUUACUGGUUGUUUUUUAUUAUGUUGGUUACCAUUUUUUUUACAAACACUUAUUAUAUCAUUUUGUUUAUCAAAUUGUUAUAUUAAUCAUUAUAUAAGUAGUAUAUUUUUAUGGUUAGGUUAUUUAAAUUCAUUAUUAAAUCCAAUAUUAUAUACAAUAUUUGCACCAGAUUUUAGAAAUGCUUUUAGAAGAAUACUCUAUCAUAUAUGGAAUACAUUGAAAAUAAAAUAAUGUAAUAUAAAAGAUUCAUACUGAUUUGUAUUGAAUUGAUUCACUUUUAUUUUUUCUAUUAGAUCCUAUGACCUGUAUUAGUCCUGACAAUGAUGUUCUCUCAGUUGAUCCAACUUUCUUUUGAAAGAGUCAAUGGAUAGACACACAACCAUGUACUGAGGUAAUAAAUUCCAUUUGUUGAUGAUUCGAUAAGAAAGUCGAUAAUCAACUGACAAGUAAUUUAUUCUGGGCUUGUGAACUUUUGUUUUUUUUUUUUUGUUUUUUUGGAAGACAAGCAAUUUAAAAAUUGUAAUCAAGUCGCCUCUAGAUCUACGAUAUGACUAUGGGAAUAGGUUUAGAUUGGUCAGUCUAGCAUUAUACGGAAGCUUCACUAUUUCGGGAAUUAACUUAGUUGCUGUUCUCUGAACCUUUUCUAAAAGUUCAUUGUCUUUUUUUUAAGCAGGGGCUAGCCGCUUGUAUACAGUACUUAAGUUUAGGACGUACGAACACUGUAUACAAAGUCAAAAACGUUUGAGCGUUGACAUGAAUAAAAGCCCUACGUAUUGACCAUAAAGUUCUAAAACCUUUGGCAGCUAUUAUACGGCAGUGUGCAGUAGUCUUUAAGUCUUGGUUAACGAUAACUUCUAAGUCAUUAUGUAUCUGGACAACAGGUAGCUCAGUGUUAUUCAUUGUGUAUGUAUCUGUACCUUGAUGAUCAAUAUGCAUCACAACAUACUUGGAAGUAUUUAUCGGCAACUUCCAGGUAUGAGACCAUUCAGAUAAUUUCUUUAGGUCAUUUUGGAGUUCUAAGCUAUCAUCCUUAAGAGAUUACAAGUUCAUCUGGUCUAUGAAUGGAACAAACACUUUGUGAAUAAUGAUCAAUAAGUUAAUUAUUCUGAUGCGUCCCAUCCCUCGCUAACCACAGCAAAAGAGAGAGAGAGGGAAAAGUUGAAGUUUGAAACGAUUCGAUAUCAUUCUCUAAAUUUGGUGAAACGCGAAGCCGAUGAAUAUGGUGUUCUAGCAGACAUUGUCAACAGAGAAUGUAAACGGUUCAAGUUGCGCUCGUUGACAAAAAACCAAUUUAAAUGCUCAAUAUUCAUCAAAGCUGUUCAGUCACGACAAGAUGCUGAGAUCAGGGCUAGACUUUUCACUCGACUGGAUCAAGACCCAAACGUCACGCUCAGAACAUUGACAGAUCAGUGUAAACGGCUACAAAGCAUCAGACACUACAACGAGUUGAUUGAACAGGUAUAUCCUAAUUUUACCUACAGUAGUGUCAAUGUUAUUACUAGGUUAAAAGUUCAGAAGCCGAUAACAACUCGUAACAAACCAACGACUGCAUGUUGGUUAUGUGGCGAUUGGCAUUAUGUACGAUUCUGUCCAUUUAAGAAGCAUAAAUGUCGGAUGUGCAACAAACGUGGAUAUAAAAAAAGGUCAUUAUCCACCGAAUCGUACGCCUAUGCUCCUGUGGAGCAGUACCCAUCCACGAUUCCGCUUCGCAAGAUUCGAGUCUAGGAUCUAUCAGCCUCGCACGCGAGCGCUUAACCACUAGAACACUGAAUUGUCCAGCAUCCAACGAUGAAGCUAUUGAUUUUAGAAAAAUUCUAUAUGGCAUGUUGAAUACAUUGAAAUCAAAACAAUAAAAAUGGAUAAAAAGAUUAAUCUGUUUUGUAUGAACAAUAUCCUUGUUUUGAUAGAUUCUCUUUUCAGAUCCUACAAUUCUGUUAUAUUUGAAGUGAUUACAAGUUCAUCUAGUCUGUGAACAGAACAGAGACUCUGUGAUUAAAGACCAAUAAGUUAACUAUUUAGAUGAGUCCCAGCCCUCGUUAACUAGAGAGAGAGAGAGAGCAAAAAAAAAAUCCAAGUUUGAAACGGGGAAAUAUAUUCCGCAAGCAGGCCGAUAGCACGAGCAAUCACAACGAUAAGUCUAGUCGGUAAUAUAUUGGUUUGUACACCCAUUUUUGAGUAAUAAUCAGAAUAAAUCACAUAUUUAAAAAAUAAUUCACACAAGAAUACAAAAUGUAUUGGAAUAGGUGUUGUGGAGAUUGUAGUAAUUUCAAUAAUUGUGAUCAUAAGUCAAUUAAAGCUGGACCAACAUAGUAAACUUGGGAGUAUUGGAUAGUCGUUUCGUCCUAUUGUGAAACUUUUCAGCAGUGCACAUCCACGGUUUCACCUCUCGAGAUUCGAACCCAGGAUCUGUCGGUCUCGCACAUGAGCCCUUAACCACUAAACCAUUGAGCUGGCAUCCAACGGUACUACAAUCUCUACAAGACCCCUUCUAAUACUAAUCAACAUAUCCUUACUAGUGACUGGCUUCAAGAUAUAUAUCCUGGAGUUAUAGUGAGAAGGAGUGACCCGUGGAGUUCAGCUGGGUCUGUUAUGAGAUAGUAACUCACUAAAGACAAUAUGUGGAUGUGUCGCUCAAUUUCGUGGAUGAGUUGAAGUUAGACAUUAACACCAUUGGAUGCUGGCAGGUUCAGUGAUCAAUAGGUUAAGCACUCGCACGCGAAAACCGUAGGCGGGAUUGUGAAUGCACACUGACGAAGAGUCUCACAAUAGGACAAAACGGCCAUCCAGUGUUUCCAGGCUUUCCAUGUUGAUCUAGCUUCAACUGACUUAUGAUCUUAACUUUUGAAAUAUAAAAUGUCAUAGGGGAAAACGAAACAAAUGCUAUACUGAAUGAUCAUGAAAUUAAUGUUGAAUAAAAAUGAUAAUCAAUAAAUCAAUUUAAUUUUGACUUUUCAUCCCAUUAUAACAAAUUUAUAUAUCCACUUUAUGUUCUACGGAUAUAGUUGGAGAUGAUCUAAACACCUUGCAUAAUACUCUUAGAGAGAAUGGUUAUUCUAGAAAGUUUAUAAUUAAAUAUAUGAUCAUGUAGGUGAGAAUAAGCGAAAUGUAAACAGCAAAGAAGAAAUCCCUCUUCAUGAGCUUAUAAUUCAGAGGGGAUACAGCUAGUGAAAUAUUAACUGAAAGAUUACGUAAUCUUUCAAUGGUGGAGAACUAGGAUUAGUAUUUUCUAUGCGCCUAAUAAGGAUACCGAGGCUAAAAGAUGAAUUACCUAGAAUAAUCACCUGAUUUUGAAUUUGUCUGUUCGACUGCUCCUGUGGAACAAGUGAUAUUGGUCGAAGCUCUAGGAAUUUAUAUUUUUAUACUCCUUGGACAAGUUUCCUAGUGUGGCUUAACAAAGAUUCGAUGAAAAAAGUGAACAACUUGAUAUUGGCUUAUUUAAUACAAACUAGUCAUAAUACCAGUAUAAACUAAUCUUUUUUAAUUAUUUAUAGGGUUAGUAAUUUAGUUUUUGCUAAAACUUGUCAGACUUAAUGUACUUCAUACAGCUGAAGUAGUUAGUAGUGAACCGGAUAUGAAGAAACCGAAGUUAUACAUACAGAAGAAAUAUCUUCAAUCAAUUAACCUCCUCCUCCUCCUCCUCUGGCCAACCUCAAGACCAAUGAAUCAAUAGUAAUCUUAAUUAUUGAAUGACCUCAUUUGACUAUUGUACUUAUGACCUUUCAUAGUCAAUUGUAAUUGUCUUUAUUAGUAAUCUUCCCUAUACAUGGUUCAUUCAUUUCUCAUUCAUCCCAUCUUAUUAUAUCUUACUAAUAAUUGUUUACACAAUACAGUCUUCCAUUAUACAUUUGAUCGAAUCGUAAUCACACUGAUAUUUCACUCUUAUCCUAUCUGAUCCAUAUUUAUUGGGAUCAUGGAUCAUGGAUCAUAAAUUUUCAUUUAACAUAAAUGUAUAGGUUCAAGUUAACAUUCCAUAUAAGUCAUAACAACAUGAACAAUUUUAUUCUAGUCUAGAUCGAAUGCUAUCGACCAAGUUGCAAUGUGGCCACUAGUCUAGGUGACUCGACAUUAUGUGAACUAUGUUGAGAUAAGAUGGU